AUGGCUCGAUCCAGGUCCCGUAACGAGGACUGCUUCCGCCAACAUCGGAGGAUGACGGCAAAGUCAGCCAGGGAUGACCGAAAGCACUAUUGGACUGAAACAGCGACCUCCAUGGAACAGACCUCGAACGUUGGUGACACUCGAAAACUCUACCAACUUAUCCGCCAAGUUAGCGGUAAUCCCUCUACACUGAGUGACUCUGUUCGCGACGUGAAUGGCGGUUUUAUUGCUGACAACUCGGCCAAAGUCGAGCGCUGGCGUGGGCACUUCGAGCACCAUCUCAACUUCGACACCCAACCCACAUCGCCCUUGCUCUCCUCUUCAGCGGAGUUUCUUCCCUCUCCAACCUAUGCAGUGCCAUGCGACCCCCCUCCUAAAGGAGAAGUCGUCGAUGUCAUUCGAAAGCUACGCAACAAUAAGGCACCCGAAGAGGACGGUAUACCCGCUGAAAUCUUCAAGUCUUGUGUCGAAACUCUGGCGCCCUGGCCACAUGAGGUGAUUGAACAAGCGUGGAGAAACGAGUUUGCCCUUGAUGACUGGAGCUUACGCAUCCUUGUACCUAUCCUCAAGAAGGGAGAUAAGACAAGAUGCGAGAACUACCGCGGCAUAAGCCUCAUCGACGUUGCUGCGAAGAUCUUCCUUAUUGUCCUACUCAGGCGAUUCCAGGCUGUGCGUGACUCAAGGACGAGGCCAACCAAGCCGGAUUUCGUGCUCGACGUGGAUACGCAGACCAGAUAUUCAUCCUGA